AUGCCCCAAUUACCUCGAUAUGAGUACACCGGCCCCGUGGAUUGCACCAUUCCACCAAAUCGAGCAGUAUUGAAGGGUAAAAGUGUUAUUAUCACCGGCGGUUCUAAUGGUAUGGGCGAGGCGACAGUGCGCGCCUUUGCAGAAGAAGGAGCAUUUGUUACGAUCGCAGAUCUAGACGAAAUCCGAGGCCAGGAGUUAGCCAAGGAGCUGAGCCCUAAUGCCCAGUUUGUGAAAUGCAAUAUCACUUCCUGGGAUGACCAAGUACAAAUGUAUGAGGCAGCUAUUGCCAACUCUCCUCACAAGAGCUGUGAUAUUGUCAUAGCCAACGCCGGUAUCAGCCGUGCCUCUGGCGAUGACUUGUGGCCUUUGGAUGACAUCAACGAGCCUCCUGUCAAGCCGGAACUCAACAUCGUCAAUGUCAACUUGAUUGGCACAAUGUACACAUGGAAAUUGGCAAUCCACUAUUUCCGCAAGCAACCCGAUACCGAAGACCGGGACCGUUGCUUUAUUAUCACUGGCAGUAUGGUUGCGUGGAUUGACUCGCCUGCAAACUGGCAAUACACCAGCACUAAAUAUGGGCUGAGAGGCCUGAUGCGGACAGCCCGUCGGAACUCCCACGAGCAGGGUAUUCGAAUUAACUAUGUUGCUCCAUGCUAUAUCAAAAGCGCCAUUCGAUCCGCCGCUUAUGAGGCCCAACUCAUGGCCAAAGGCGUCGAGUUUGCGCCCCCAGAAGAUGUUGCAAUCUGCAUGAUGAAACUUGCAACCGAUAGGACAAUCAACGGGCACUCGUUGAUGAUCACGCCAAAAUCCGUUGCCAAAGAGGGCUUUAAGGAUGUUGAUAUGGAGGACCAUAUCGACGAAGGUUAUUUCAAGCGCACCCAAAAAGCUCAACUUAGCAUUAUCGAAGAUCAAUGGGUGCCUGGUUGGAGUAAAGGGAGAACUGCAGAGGGAGCUGCUAGGGCGUAA